GUUCGUCACGGUUUCAGGACGUUGCCGAGUAUAUAAAGUCAAGCUAAUAUUCAGAAUUUUCAUACACAUUAUUCUGCUCCUCAGAUUGCUUCUGACUUGGCUGACUUUCUGCACUAUUAUCUGACACCUGCCGUGUUUCGUUUAAAGACGACCGAAGAUGAAAUUUUCUGGAGAAAUUCUUGCAUGCCUUUUUGUGCUAGGUUUGAUUGCCCUUCCCGCCUCAACAUUUGAAUGCCCGAAAAAACGUUCUGGUUUGUUCCGCGACCCCGAGGACUGCGGCAAGUUUUACCAAUGCUACAAAGGACUUCGAUCGUUCCGCUUGAACUGCCCCGCCGGGCUGCAUUUCAACAACCGCAACAAGCGCUGUGAUUAUCCCAAGAAGGCCAGGUGCCAAACGCAAGUCCCUGUAGUUACCACACAAAACACACCCUUCUCAGGUACUCCCAAGUUUACGUGUCCGAAACCUUUCGGUCUUUAUCCUGAUGCGUAUAACUGCAGCAGGUUUUACCAGUGUUCCUAUAGCAAAGCCUUCAUCAAGGUUUGCCCAUUCCAACUGCAAUUCAAUGCAAGACUACACGUGUGUGAUUUCGCCGAGAGCGCAGGUUGUGUUGCCCUUUCAACAACGACCUCCACUACAGCGCAGACCACACCCUCUAUCACAGCAGCGGAUACAACUGUCACUAACGGACCAACAGAUGCAAUCUCAACAAAUACAGUGGCUGAUUCAACCAAAGCUGCAACGACGGAGGCUCCAGUAACAUCGUCCGAAGUAACGCAGUCUUCAGUAAGCCGUAAUACUGUUUCAAAUACUACUAAAGCAACGCAGACAACAGUUAGUUCAAAUACCAAAAACGUCUACUUCAACUGAAUCGUCCAUCAGUUCUACUGACUCACCAGCAACCAAACCGCUCGUUACUGACGCACCAGCAACCAAACCACCCGUCAGUUCUACUGACGCACCAGCAACCAAACCACCCGUCAGUUCUACUGACGCACCAGCAACCAAACCUCCCGUCAGUUCUACUGACGAACCAGCAACCAAACCACCCGUCACUUCUACUGACGAACCAGCAACCAAACCACCCGUCAGUUCUACUGACUAACCAGCAACCAAACCACCCGUAAGUUCUACUGACGCGUCAGCAACCAAGCCACUCGUUAGUUCUUCGUAAGAUACCGAUACCAAAAGGCAGCCAUAAAGAGAGAAAUCAGUCCUUAUGUUGAAGACGAAAUAUAUUAAGGCCAAAUCUUAAUUUUAUGAAAAAAAUCCGUCCAGUGGAUGAAUUGGUCGAUGUUCUUAUGAUACAGAUUUGUCUUAUGUACCUAAUUGGCUGUCUUUGUAAUUUGAACUUUUAUUUAUACAUGGAUACAACAGAGCAGUGCUCUUUAUUAUUUAUUACUUAUUUCCAAUUGGAAAUUUGCAUUACCAGUGCGCAAAUAGCAAGCAUGCAAUUUGGUCAGGAUAGCCCACACAUAAUGACUUAAUUCCAAUAAGAAUGAAGAAUAUUUUUAUAUAUAAUAUACGUCGUGUGGAUCCAUUUUCUGGGAAAGAGAACUGAAACAGGAAAGUGCACCACUUGAUAAUUCAGCUUUAAUUUCAGUUGAUAAAUCUCUAACGCUUAUGUGAUAAUCUGAGUUCUAAUAAAAUGACAUGCGAGUUUGAUGGCACAUAAACAGUUUAGUCGUGACUUUUUAAGUACAUUUGGGUAUUUACGACUUCUGGCGACGGAGAUUCAGUCCAAUUUCUCUGUUGGGUUUGGUUGUAUUUCACUUCAGUCGAGUGCAGCGACCAGGGGUAGGAUGGUGAGAAAUAGUUAUCUGCAUGGUCUACUAAGAUAGCAUUACACUAAGUUAAGCUAUGACAGUUAAAUUAUAAACAUCAAACAAGCAUGGGCGCGUUAAUUAACAAUAUAUAUUUCUGAUAAUCAUGAUUUAAGCAUAUUGUAAUACGAAUUUUGAAUAAAAUAUUUU